AUGAGACAUGGGGAGGGACAGGAGAGAGAUGGGGAGGGUCAGGAGGAACAUGGGGAGGCACAGGAGAGAGAUUGGGAGGAGGUCAGGAGGGAGAGACAGGAGAAACAUAGGGAGGGACAGGAGAGAGAGAUGGGGAGGGUCACAGGAGACAUGGGGAGGAACAUGGGGAGGGACAGGAGAGACAAAGGUGAGAGACAUAGGGGGGGGGAGGGACAGGAGAGACAUGUGGAGGGGAGAGACAUGGGGAGGGACAGGAGAGACAUGGGUGAGAGACAUGGGGAGGGGACAGGAGAGAACAUGGGGAGAACAGGAGAGACAUUGGGAGGGACAGGACAGGAGAGGCAUGGGGAUAGACAGGAGAGACAUGGGGAGGGGAAGGAAAGACAUGGGGAGUGCUGGGAGAGACAUGGUGAGAGACAUGGGGAGGGACAGGAGAGACAUUGGGGGGAACAGGAAAGACCUGGGGAGGGACACACACAAAGAGAGACAAGGGGAGCGACGAGAAAGAUAUCUUGA